AUGGCAACAUGAAAAGCCCUCAACCUCCAAGACGCAGCAUCCCCACUAAUAGAACAACUAAUUUUCUUUCACGACCACGCCAUACUAGUUUUAAUUUUAAUUACUACCCUAGUAGGAUUCAUACUCUCAUCUCUAUUUUUUAACUCACUCACAAACCGAAUUUUACUAGAACACCAGACCAUCGAAACUAUUUGAACAAUUCUUCCUGCCAUUAUUUUAAUCUUUAUUGCUCUUCCGUCACUCCGUCUGCUCUAUCUUCUGGAUGAAGUAAAUAAUCCCGGAGUAACCCUUAAAGCUAUCGGACGACAAUGAUACUGAAGGUAUGAAUACUCAGACUUCACACAAAUUAGAUUUGAUUCAUAUAUAGUAUCAACUCAAGACAUCACAGAAAGGGAAUUUCGACUCUUAGAAGUAGACAAUCGAACAAUUUUACCAAUAAACACUCAAAUUCGAGCCUUAAUCAGAGCGGGAGAUGUAAUUCACUCAUGAACAGUACCAGCUCUAGGAGUUAAAGUAGACGCAGUUCCAGGGCGAUUAAAUCAAAUUAGAUUUCAAAUCAAUCGACCAGGACUAUUUUACGGUCAAUGUUCAGAAAUUUGUGGAGCAAAUCACAGAUUUAUACCUAUUGUUGUGGAAAGAACUUCCGUUAAAUCUUUCCUAGACUGAGUCUCAUCUAACAAUAAUU